GGCCUACACUGGUUCGCGCUCCCCCAUACGAAAAGAGCAGCGGAGGAAAGAAGGGACCCGUGCACUGGGCCCCGCCCUCGUUGUUCAUCGAAAACAUCUCACCAAAAUGGAGCAUUUCUUCGAGUAAAGUCACUAAAGAUGAUUUGUUCUCUCAAUCUUGAUCAACUCACAAUAUGGCGACAAUGAGUGAGGAAUGGUUGCGACUGUCUAUCUGCAUCUGUCUGAAUGUAUUCUGUGUGCUAGCCGUACCCACUGCCCCAGCACCAUUUUCCCUUCGACUGACCCGUGGGCGUUAUGACAAUAGUGGCCUCGUACAGAUGUUUGAUGAUGGGGAAUGGGGAUUGCUGUGCAUGGAGAGCAAUGAGUGGAACCUGCAGGUCGCUUCAGUUAUCUGCCGUCAAUUAGGCUACCCAUCAGCACUGACAGCUACAAACUUUGAUGGCACAUUACCUGAGAGAUAUGUAGCAUUUUGGGUCUUUGACUUGUCUUGUACGGGCAGCGAGACAAGACUGAUGGAUUGUUCACGGACGACAGGACAACGCUCUGAAUGUGGUGACUACACUUACUUCCCAAGAGUAAAAGCAGCUGUACACUGUCAACUCAAUCCAGCAUUCUCUCUGCGGCUCACUGGUGGUUUCCAUGAUAACAGUGGUCUUGUAGAGGUUUACGAUGGCAACAAGUGGGGCAUCCUUUGCCUGUCCCGGGACCAGUGGAAUGAACGGGCAGGGUCUGUGGUUUGUCGGCAGCUAGGAUUCCCCAAGGCACUGACAGUGACAAGUUUCCAUGGCGACUAUUCAAGGGCUUAUGUAAUAAGCAGGGAGUUGUUGUGUGAAGGAACGGAAUCCAGGCUGAUUGAUUGUUCUUUUGAGUUGUCACAAACAUAUGGCUGUGACAGUGACCAUGUGAAAGCUGCUGGACAUGUGAUCUGUGUGCCAAAGCAAGUUUUAACUGGGGACGUUCAACAGCCAUACCCUUUGAGGUUGCUGGAGGUCGUAGAGGACAACUCAACAAGUACAGGUGUUGUUCAGCUUCAACCCUUUCCUUAUCUGUACAUCGAUCAGGAUUGGUCCAUCUGCAGUGAUGAAUCCUGGGAUAUCCAAGCAGCCAACGUAGUCUGUCAGGAGCUGGGCUUUCAUUAUGCCAUUGAGACAAGUGGAACCGACUACAUGGGCACCGGUGAUGAUUGGAGCGUCUUGGGAUCAGUGGAGUGCAUUGGCUUAGAGAAGCAUCUUCUGGAGUGUAGUCAUGUGAUCAUCAAGAGAAGUCAGUGUAAUGGUGGACUGGUUAGAGUCAAGUGUAGCAUAUCUCCCUCCCCUUACCCAGGACAAGUUGUUCGCCUUGUUGGAUCAGCUAAGCCUUAUGAAGGUCUGGUUCAAACCUACUACAAUGGUAACUGGUGGAACAUCUGUAUAUCAAGGUCAGGUGUGUGGUACGGUUACCGGUUUAUUAACAGAGCCUGUGAAUCACUGGGUUAUGAAUAUGGACAGCUACUACCCACCCUACGAUUCUCCGAGGAGUACAGUAAAAUCACAGAAGAUUCUCUCAGCAGUGAAGUGCUGUGUGACGAUUAUCUAUGCUACAUUGAAGAAAAGUACAUGCAUACGUACUACACAACCUGUGGAUAUUACGACAAGGCUGCCAUUUUUUGUCGGAACUACUCUUCAAGCGAAGAUUUUGUCUCAGAUGGAGUCAGAUUACGACUUACUGACGGUGACGGUUUGGCAUCUGGUCGUGUCGAAAUUUCCUACUAUGAUCCUGACAUUGGUUCUGAAUGGGUUACACUGUGUGUCCAGUCCGGCUUGGAUAUGGUGACAGCAACCUUACUUUGUCGUGAUUUUGGCUUUGAUGGUGCUGUAUCAACAGGUGUGAUGCCACUUCGAGGGAGAGCUGCUGAAGAGACUAAAAUUGUACAAUUCCGUAAGAAUUGGUGUAAAGGAGAUGAAGAGGGACUGAGAAGAUGUAGUUCGUUUGAAAUCUCUCAAGACUGCACCCAUGAUACAGAUGUCAGUGUCACCUGCAAUCCUGUUCCCUAUGUACAUGUAGAUCGUGAAAGCACAGGGUCAUCAGAUCCGUGGAUUCUACCUACGCUCCUAAUCUUGAUAUUUGUAGUCCUUGCGGUGGUGGUGUGCUGCAUCAUAACAGUAAAGGUUAAUGCAAAAUGUUGCCAAGGGGAUGAUGCUGGGAACCAUGCAAACAGCCACGAUCCUUAUCAGUUGGUUUCUGAUGGCACCACUCAACAAACAGGUGAAUCAGGUGGAGCAGCAGAGGUUGAAAUGUCUGCCACGGCACCCCCCGUCAGCCAGGAUGAAGGAGCCAACAACACUGAACAGGUUCAAGAAACCCAAGUAGUGUAAAUAUUCAAGAAUGAAUGGGCAGGCCUCCACCACAUUCAGGGGACAGUUUCUUUGGUUAACCACUCCUGCUGGNUGAUUCCGGAUCCGGACACGUAUGCUUUAUAUGCGUGGCUGGGGUCUCUGAACUUGGACAAAG